UGUGAAGCAUGACACCUGCUCAGCCAGCCCAGAUCCAAGGCAACCAGCGCCCUCAACGCUCAUGCUCCAAGAAGGGACAGUUUGCUGUAGGAAUUCUGUUGAUAAUAGCAGCUACACUUACAUUUAUAUUUGGCAUUGUUUCUGUUGCCUUGCCAACCAUCUACUAUGGCUAUGGUGGAAAUCCACUGUGGACUGGAGCAGUGAUUCUGGUUGGUGCAAUACUUUGUGUACGUUCAGGAACAAUUGUUGACAACAAGUGUGUUGCUACCGGUGGUCUUGUGAUGAAUAUCAUCUCCAUCUUCUUUGCCAUUGACCAGAUAUUGUGGAUGAGUGCUGCUGCUGCAAGGGAGGAUGGCUACAAUGAACAUUGUAGAUACUACUACUAUGACUACAGCAAUUAUCGAAGCUAUUAUUCUCACGGCUAUUAUGUUUAUGAUUGUGCUGCAGAGAAGGCCAUAGACAUAGUGUUAAUUGUUCUCGGUGUGAUUGAGCUUGGAUUGACAAUUGCUGCUGUCUGUGUAUUAUCGGCGGAUGUGUGCUGCCGAACUACUGGUACCCAAACAAUGGGGGUGAUGUAUCAUGGAGGACAGCCUGUUAUAGUGCAGGGUGGAUACAUUCAAUCUGUUGGACCAGCCUAUCCUCCGCAAACACACCUUAUCGGUCAACCAGGCCAGAUGUAUGUUCAUCAAACAGCUGGCGCAAAUCCAUCAGUUCAGAUACAAUACCCUGCUGGUCAUCCUCAGCAAUAUCCUGUUGGUCAACCUCAGCAGUAUUUUGCUGGUCAGCCUCAGUAUCCUUCUGGUCAAACUCAGUACCCAGCUGGUCAAGCUUCUCAAGGAGUACCUCAGAACCCACCAACUUACACUGCUGAAGAGAAGUAAAAAGGUGGGUUCCAGUUCUUCCUCCUCCAGAUUGUAGUGGAAAAUUCAAGAAGGCUCCAACACGAGCUAUUCAGCAAGUGGCAUCUAUUUCAAGAAUCGAGGAGAAGUACAUAAAACCUUCAAUAUCCUAACAUAGCUAAAUAAAUAAAAGUUACAGUAUUUAGAUUUGAACAAGUUAUUCAAUUUGCUAAUAUUGAUAUUUUGUUUUUAAUUACAGUAAUAACCAUACUGUAAAAGCUUGGAUAAGCGCCGCACCAAACCUGUUUUUUUUUUUUUUGCUAAGCGCCACUCUCUAAUAAGCGUUACGGCGCCUAAUCGAGAGUAUAUUACCCUGUGUGUAAUGAAACGCUUUCAGAAACAGUAUUUUAAAUACAAUAUAUACAGUGUUGAAAUGAAAUAACACAAUGAAGACAAGCAUUUCUUUAUAAAGGUUUAUUUAUGAUGACGUAGGACCUAAAAUAGGCAUAUCGAACUACGGGAAUGUAAGUGAGAUUGGUAACAUGAGAACUGGUAUGGAAAGCGCAACACCAAUAUUUUUUUAUAAGAGCCGCUCUCAUAGAAACGCAGCAUUGAAGCCUCCAAAAAUUUUUAUAAGCGCCGCAGUACUUAUUCAAGCAUUUAUGGUACUCAUACAGUAACGUUGUAGUGUGUAAGCAGGAGCCUUCUUAUCACAAUUUAUUAUCGCACCCAUAACAUAGCUAAUUGUGUAUACUGUAUUCCAAAAUAUAUUAUUGUUUUAUAUAAUCAAGGACUUUUAACUGUACAGUCAACUUUUUACAGUACAAUUAAAAGUAUUCUAUUUUAUUUGUAAAGUAGAGUAGCUACAUUCCAUAGAGUUUAGCUUGUAUUUGUCAAUAGAAGAUGUACACAGUAUAACCUUGUAUUGUGGUUAGCCGAUUUACACAGUAUACUGUUAUAUACAGUAUCUUGGGGAGGCAAUCUAUACAGUGUACAGUAUAACAUACAAUGUUGUGGUGAGGCAAUGUACACAGUUUACAGUAGGUUGUGUUGCAGUGAAGUGUUGUACAGAAUAUUGUUGUGAAUUAUGUACACACUAUACAGCAACGUUCCACAAACGUUAAUGUCUGAAUUUCCAAACAGUGUCAUCAGUCUAAAAGUUUGCAGAACGCUAAUGUACUGUACUGUAUAAUGUUGUGUAGCGAUGGACAGAGUACACAUAUUGUUGGGGCUAUGUACACAUCAUAUACCAUAUAAUGUUGUAUUGUGAAGAGGUGGUUUACACAGUGUCCAGUUUAAUGUUCUCUUCAAAGAGUCAUAUAAAUUAUAAUGAUUUGUUGCUGGGAAGAGAAGUAUACAGUGUAAAACUUUUAAUUGUUGAAAAGGUUGCAUACAAACUGACAUUAUAGUAUUAAUUAAAGAUUAUGAAUUAAUGAUUAAAUAUAAUAAUGUUUUUUUAUGGUAAUUAGAUUUAUAUAUAAUAUUGUUAGACUUACAAGGUAUUGCUGUGGUAUUCUUUAUGUGAUUUUCUCUACCCGGUCAUUGAUUGAAUCAAUUAUUAUACACAGUGCUUUACCUCAUUCCCUGGAGAGUAUUUACAGUAGCAGCACUACCCAAAUUUCAUUCCAAAAAAAAACAUCCAUACCAGGUAUUGUAUUCAUUUGCAGUAGGCUUACUCCAGAGUGGAGGACAGAUACUAGUGUCUUGUCUCAUCAAUGUUGCAAUAUUGUUUUAGAACUCAACUGUUAUUUUUGAAGCUGUUCAUAAGAUUUUAACAUGCUUUUAUCUGUAAGUGAUAUACAUGCCUGUAACCAGGGGAAGCUUUCCACUUAAAUGGAAUUUGGUAAAUGUG